AUACCACCAUCAAUCAGAUAUGCGUAUCAGGGUGUGCAGUUAUGCCUAACGUCUUAGAGUCGAACCGCUUACGAAGUUAAAUCAAAUAAUAAAUUCAUAACACAAAGCCAAGCGCCCAGCGAUGACUAUGCGAUGGGAAGUACCAAGGCACCAGCCCCAGGUGGCUACUCCCUGGUUCAUCGAUAUCACAUUCAUUUGUUCCCAUAUCCGGGGUCGAGAGGUACGGAGUGAGCACUCCGUCGUUAAACAUUCAAUAUAAAUUGCUGGAAAUAGUAGACCUCAUUGGCAUGGCUAUAGCCCGGAAAUGAUGCGUCGUCUACCUAGGUAGCCUAGGAGACUUAAAAAGUGUGUCUAUUAGACGCCUAGUCCCGCAAGUAUGGAUUGUCUUGGAGUAGGUCUAAUCUCUUCUCCGUGGCCAAGGAGACAAGUCAUUCAUUAUGAUCCUUACUACUGUACUCGCUUGUCUCUUGACAUUGAGUCCUGGCCUGGCUGCUCCUUUGGCUGAUCCGCAGACUCACGACGACGGUGAAGGAGGUCACCCACCAGAUGGCGUUCACCCACCGGAACCCAAAAAAUGUACCGAUAUAGAGAAAAGAAUACCAUGGCAAGCGUUGUCCAAGGAAGAGAAGAAGGCGUAUAUCAAUGCAGAGCUCUGCCUGAUGGGCAAACCCUCCCAACUCGAUCUCCCGGGAGCCGUGACCCGGUUCGACGACCUGGUCAAGCCGCAUCAGAUUCUCGCCGCCACGAUGCACGGCACCGGGUACUUCUUGCCUUUCCAUCGCAUGCUCAUGCACACCCACGAGCACUUGCUGCGGACCGAGUGCGGUUACGAGGGUUAUCAGCCGUACUGGGCGGAGGAAUUGGACAUCGGCAAGAUCCAAGACUCGGACGUGUUUGAUCCCGAAACGGGCUUCGGGGGUGGCGUUGUGGAUCAGUUGGUCUGCGUCCCGGAUGGUCCGUUCCAGAACUACACAUUGCACACCGGUCCGGGCUUUCAGAACACAGAGUACUGCAUCCAGCGCCGUUUCUCCAAUGGUGCAACCCUGGGGGCUCGCCAGGAGUACAUUGACCACUGCUACCAAUGGGACAAGUUUGAACAGGCAUGGCAGUGCAUAGAAGAUGGCGGUCCACAUAACGGCUUCCAUGGCGGGGUGGGUGGCGUUAUGCUUAACCCCAUUUCAUCUCCCGGAGAUCCGGUUUUCUAUCUGCACCACACCUGGCUAGAUAAGGUUUGGUGGGAUUGGCAGAAACAAAAGCCAGAGCGCUUGUCCGACAUUUCGGGCCGUAAAACCUCUAGAAACCCCCUUUUCGGCGCGGGAAGCAAUGGAACUGCGCCGCCAUUUCCAGGAUUCCCCGGUGGACUCCCUGAUAGAUUUCCUAGCUUUCCAGGCAACUUCAGCUUUCCGGGCAACUUCACCUUCCCGGGGGGGUUCCCGGGAGGACCUGGAGGCAACCUCAGUGGUCCACCUACAUGGAAGCCAACUGAUGAGGUGGUAACUGAUCCUGUCAAGCUUGGUGACAUAUUAACCGUGUUCGACCUUAUCCCCAAUACCACUAUAUCCAACUUGAUGGAUAUCCAGGGCGGAUACUUUUGUUAUGAGUACAUUGACUAUGCGGAUGCUGUCAAGCGUUAAGCACUGGUCGUGGUUCGGUAAAUCGUUCUACGGUCACUGGUUUGACACUUGCUUGUGGGAAAAUGGCUGCCAAAAUCAUAGUGUAGAUCUUGAUAUUGAAUGGAGGAUGUGGG